CCUCUAUCAAAACAUUUUCAACAUCAUCCGCAUCUUUACCUCUGGAGCAUCUGAGACCGAAUCCCUGUCUCCAUUCGGUCUCUGCAUUCUUAACAUUCUCUCUCCACUGUGGUCUCGUUCCUAUAUUGCCAAAUCCAGUCGCACCAUCGCCUUCAUCUUCACCGAAACUCCAUUCUGUCCACAGUUGUUACAAGGAAAUCCGCGCGAUGGCCAGUGUGGCAGAAAAGCCAGCACCUCAAGCUCCCUUUGUGGCUCUACCUAGGACUCGGAAACGGACAAAGACUUAUCUUCUUCUGCUCGCCAUUCUGUGCCCUCCGCUAGCAAUAUAUCUCGACGGGGCUUCGUCGACAUGUAUUAUCACCAACGUCAUCCUUUGGAUCCCCACAUGGCUUGUUCCGGGCAUAAUCCAUGCUUGGUUCUACAUCCUGCGUUCACAAUAUCACCGGAACAUCUCACGUCCAGUGCGGUCCCGUUUGUGGGUCCAGAACGAUCCCCGGCUUCAAAAAGAGUUUGAGCUACAGGAGAAUAAACGGCGUCGAACAAAUUUGUUCAGCAUCACCAAUUCUGAGAUAAAACCUUUACCUCCCCCAGGAACGGUUGCACCUACACUUCCCACCCGUCGCCCAACUGAAAACCCCUUCCGGGAUCCUUCAACCGGGAUUGAUCAUGCACUCUCGAAGGAUUCUGUGCUUCAAGAAAACAGCACAAUGAAAUCUGGGUGAUUCCAAUAUGGUCCAGAGGAGGCUGCUCCCUCUAGUUAUCCUUCUUCGAGAAGACUAAGAGGACAUCCAUUACCAUUCAGUACAGAUGGUAGGAAACGAACCAACUGCU